UACACCAGCUCUCGCAGUUGGACUGCGAUGCCCUUCUCGUCAUUUGGCGGGAGAUUAUCAGUUUCCACUCGCUCGAUCCACGGUGGGCUGCCAUAACAUAGGGUAUUUUCCACCCAUUUCUUCUUCUUCUUCUUCUUCUUCUUCGUCUUUCCAUCAAUAUGUCUCUCUCAGUUCUUCUUUCACUUUGUAGAAAUCCAAUUUUCCUCUAGCUUUGAGGACCUUGCGUUGGUAGUGUGUGUUGGGUUGCUGUUGGAAUCAUCUUUUAACUGCAAUGGAGCGUGCUGCUGCUCCUACGACUGCUUCUGGACUGCCAACUCGCCGCUCGAAAAGGACGAGAGCUCAGACUGUAGCCGCCGAAGCUCAACCUACCACUGGAGAUCGUGGUGGUGCCGACAACGACAGGACCAGCGAUGCUAGCGACCAGGCUAACCGAGAGAGCUCACCUGAAAACUAUGAAGAGGCUCAACCUCCUAAAACUAAGCGGAGCCGUUUGGAAAGCACUUCGAGUGCGGCGGAUGAAGUCUCCGAUCAGAGUCUGAUUGAAGUUAUAAAAGGAAAUGGUAAACUUAUUCCUCAAGUUGUUAAGCUAUGGGUGGAGAGGUAUGAAAAAGAUCCAAAGGCUUCAAUGGUUGAGCUCCUGGCAAUGCUAUUUGAGGCAUGUGGAACUAAAUACCAUAUCAAGGGUGACUUCCUGGAAGAGACAGAUGUUGAUGACGUUGUUGUUGCUCUUGUCAAUCUCGCCAAAAGAGGUGAAGUUGAAGAUUAUCAAAGCUCUAAAAGGAAGGAGUUCAAAAACUUCAAAGACAAUCUUGAGUCAUUUUGGGACCAUUUGGUCCAUGAGUGUCAACAUGGCCCUUUAUUUGAUCAGGUGUUAUUUGAUAAAUGUGUGGACUACAUAAUUGCAUUAUCAUGCACUCCUCCAAGGGUUUAUCGUCAAGUAGCUUCGUUGAUGGGUCUCCAACUUGUUACUUCUUUCAUAAGUGUUGCUAAAAUGCUUGGUGCUCAACGUGAAACUACUCGUAGACAAUUAGAUGCUGAAAAGAAGAAACGUGCUGAGGGACCUCGUGUGGAGUCUUUAAAUAAAAGGUUUUCUAUGACUCAUGAAAAUAUUACAGUGUUGGAGGAAAUGAUGCGCAAGAUUUUUACUGGGUUAUUUGUGCAUCGUUAUCGAGAUAUUGAUCCAAACAUUAGAAUGUCGUGCAUACAGUCUUUAGGAGUAUGGAUUUUGUCCUACCCAUCACUAUUUUUGCAGGAUUUGUACUUAAAAUAUCUUGGAUGGACAUUGAAUGACAAAAAUGCAGGAGUCAGAAAAGUUUCCGUUCUUGCUUUACAGAAUCUUUAUGAGGUUGACGAUAAUGUGCCAACACUCAGUCUAUUCACAGAAAGGUUUUCUAUUCGGAUGAUUGAAUUGGCAGAUGACAUCGAUGUUUCUGUGGCUGUGUGUGCCAUAGGGCUUGUAAAACAACUACUAAGACAUCAACUUUUAGCUGAUGACGAUUUAGGUCCCCUAUAUGAUUUGCUGAUUGAUGAUCCACCAGAGAUUAGGCAUGCCAUAGGAGCAUUGGUGUAUGAUCACUUGAUUGCUCAGAAGUUCAAUAGCUCAAAAUCUUCUUGGAGAGGUGAUGGCAAUAAUUCUUCUGAGGUGCAUCUUGGAAGAAUGUUGCAAAUCCUGAGAGAGUUCUCAACGGAUCCAAUAUUAAGUAUCUAUGUUGUCGAUGAUGUUUGGGAAUAUAUGAAGGCCAUGAAGGACUGGAAGUGCAUUAUUUCCAUGCUCCUAGAUGAAAAUCCUUUAAUUGAGCUUACUGAUGAGGAUGCCACAAAUUUGGUUCGUCUCCUUUCUGCAUCUAUCAAAAAGGCAGUUGGGGAGAGGAUUGUUCCUGCCACAGAUAAUAGAAAGCAGUACUUCAAUAAAGCCCAAAAGGAAAUAUUUGAAAGCAACAAACGGGACAUAACUAUUGCCAUGAUGAAGAAUUAUCCACUACUUCUACGCAAGUUCAUGGCUGAUAAAGCAAAAGUACCAUCUUUAGUUGAAAUUAUUGUGCACAUGAAUCUUGAACUUUAUUCCCUGAAGAGGCAAGAGCAGAACUAUAAAAAUGUUCUUCAACUAAUGAAAGAAGCAUUUUUCAAACAUGGUGAGAAGGAAGCAUUAAGAUCUUGCAUGAAGGCAAUUAACUUAUGUUGCACUGAGAGUCGAGGGGAGUUACAAGACUUCUCCCGUAAUAAAUUAAAGGAACUUGAGGAUGAACUUCUUGCAAAAUUGAAACAUGCUAUGAGAGAGUUAGAGGAUGGCGAUGAUGAGUACUCUCUUCUUGUAAAUUUGAAAAGGCUGUAUGAGUUUCAGUUGUCCAGACCUAUUCCUAUGGAAAGCUUAUAUGGUGAUAUUAUGAUGGUUCUCCAGAAAUUUAGAAGCAUGGAUGAUGAGGUUGUAUGUUUUCUUCUUCUCAACCUCUACUUAUAUUUAGCAUGGUCUCUACAUUCUGUCAUAAAUAGUGAGGCAGUGUCUACAGAAUCUUUAUCAUCCUUAUUGAAUAAACGGAAUUCAUUGCUUGAGCAUCUGGGUCAAUAUCUGAAUGAUCCUACCGAUGUUGGUAAGAGUGGUAAUCAGCUGGCCUGUCGAGUUUGUACUAUUCUUGCGGAGAUUUGGUUUUUAUUUAGGAAGGAAAAUUAUUCUUCCACAAAACUGGAAAGAUUAGGAUAUUGUCCUGAUGCUUCUGUUGUUAAAAAAUUCUGGAGGUUAUGUGAGCGGCAACUAAGUAUUUCAGAUGAGAGUGAAGAUGAGGAUACAAGUAAAGAAUAUGUGGAGGAGACAAAUAAAGAUGCAAUCAUGAUUGCUGCUGCAAAGUUGGUUGCUAGUGAUACAGUUUCUACGGAGUUUCUUGGUCCGGAAAUUAUUUCUCAUUUUCUGAUACAUGGGACAAGUGUGGUGGACAUUGUUAAGCAUUUCAUUACCAUUUUGAAAAAGAAGGAUGCCAAUAUCCCAGUUAUCUUUCUGGAAGCCAUGAAAAGAGCGUAUCAUCGACAUAUAGUAGAACUCUCGGGGAGUAGUGUUGAGCCUUCAACAAGCAAAUCCUUUCAAGAAUGUAAGGAGUUGGCUGCUCGGCUUUCUGGAACAUAUGUAGGCUCAGCUAGGAACAAGCAUAGAUCAGAUAUUUUAAAGAUUGUUAAGGAUGGAAUUGAGCAUGCCUUCUCUGAUGCACCAAAGAAUUUAUCUUUCCUGGAAUGUGCCGUUCUACAUUUUGUAUCCAAACUACCUACACCUGAUAUACUGGAAAUUAUCAAGGAUGUCCAGAGUCGAACAGAAAAUGUUAAUACAGAUGAAGACCCAAGUGGAUGGCGCCCAUAUCAUAUGUUUGUUGACCACUUGCGUGAAAAGAAUGCUAAACGUGAUGGUUUGCAAGAGGAGAAAGAAGGAAAUUCUACCAGACGCAGGGGUCGACCACGUAAAAAACAUACCAUACAGGGAAAAAGACUUUUUGAUGAACAAAGUACAAGUGAAGAAGAGGAAUCAAUUAGUGCAUCUGACCAAGAAGAUGUUCAUGACGAAGAGAAGCGAGAUGAGGAAGAUGAUGAAGAAGCGCCCCUCAUCCAUUCAAUUAGGUCAUCCUCCAAAUUAAGGUCCCUGAGAAUUUCAAGAGAUGAAAGAAACAGGACUGCAACGGGAAAAGCUACAAGGGCCAUCUACAUGACUUGAACUGAUAGUCUGACUGUGUACAAACAUCCCCACAUUAAGAUAUGUAGCCGUUGUGUUUAUUAUUUAUAUACAUAACGAAAUUAUGUUGAUGUAUUCUUAAUUAGAAGGUUGUUCGGCUAAGAAUGCUAUGCAAGGAGUUGUAGCCAUGGUGAAAAUAGUUGAUAUUCCCAGACA